UCUCAACCCUUCCGCAGCCUUGCUGACAUUUCUACUUUGGCUGUCAAAGGCAAGUCAUCUCAACCGGAGCAACAAAACAAGCAGCUGUAGCUAUUGUAUACGCCGGUAAUAAUCUAUUUUAGUAACCUUUCCAGAGUACCAUGUGGGACUACAGUGGCUUGGCCGCAUGUCAGCAGCUCUGAAGAGUCUUCUCUGAAGAUCGUCCUCUAACCCUCCUGGACUGAACUCCGCCAAACUAGAAGCAGCUCUGGAAUGUGUGGAAAAUUUUUCACCCACUGGACAGCUUCUCUUUUGCAAUCAAGACGUCUUACCAAAAUUAACAGGUGAUUUUCUGACCAGGAAAGUGAAAGAAAAUUACAGCAACGAUGAGCGUCACAGUCACACCAAUACUGAGAACCACAAACUCAACUGUGUGUGUUAGGAUUGAGGAGAGUGCCAUCAGUGACUUGCUGAUGUCUGUUUACAUCCUGGCUUUUAUUUUUGGUUUGAUCUUCAAUGUGCUGACCCUGGGCCCCAUUUGCAGACAAGUGCGGCAGCAAAAUGUUCUGGGAAUCUUCCUGCUCAACCUGUCCCUCUCCGACAUGCUUUUCCUCUUCACUAUGCCCCUUUGGAUCAAUUAUUACCGGCAGGACCACCACUGGAAACUAGGUGUUAUGUCCUGCAGUGUAGCUGGCUUCUUCUACUACUCCAACAUGUACAUCAGCAUCUACCUGCUCUGCUGCAUCUCCGUGGACCGCUGCCUGGUGGUCACCUACCCGCUCCGCUCCAAGACCCACAGAUCAUCACGCUAUGCCUGGGCACAGUGUGCCACUGUUUAUGUUGUUGUGAUAGCGCUGCACAUCAUGGUACUGGUCAAUGACAAUCUCACUGAUGCCCAUGAUGAGGUAAACAACAAUGACCGCUGCUAUGAGACUUACCCCAUGGAGUCGCCCGUGGCCUUGUUCAACCUGGUCAGAGUGGGCCUCGGCUUCCUGCUACCCCUGCUGGUGCUGGCAGUCAGCUACUGGAGGGUGCUAGCCACUGUGGGCCAGAGUCCCGGCUUGAGCGCCCAGGCAAAGCGAAAGGUCCGCCUGCUGUCCUUUGGGGUGAUUGGGAUCUUCUCAAUUUGCUUUGCUCCAUAUCACAUUCUCCUGCUCAUUCGCUCACUAGUCUUCUACAAGAGUAAUACUGUAGAACCUCAAGGAAGUUACUGCCAGUUUGAACAAAACAUGCACUUUUCAUUUUCAUGUACUCUGGCACUAUCCAGUCUGAACUGCGUGGUGGACCCUGUGCUGUAUGUGUUGGUCAGUAACGGAGUCCAGGAGGAGGUGAAACUGUGCUGGAGAAGGCAAAGGACACAGACAGACUGUGCUUUAACUAAAUAUGACAGAGGAAAGUCUAAUACCAACUUAAUAUGAAACAUAAGCUAUGUGGGUGGAUAAGUGCACCUGUGCAUUUAUAUUCAUAUGUGUGUGUGUGUGUGUGUGUGUGUAUUUGCAUGUAAACUUAUGGCCUCAUUUUCAAAGUUAAUGAGUAAGUAGCAGGGAUAUUUACGUCCCAUAAUCAACCCUUCGUGCAGACAAUCAGACAUCCUUUUAAAGAACCACAUUUCUGCUUUGUUGUUUUCCUUCAAUCAUAUCCUGCCCAGUAACGAAUUGGAGGUUGAAUAACACGCAUCUCAGAGCUCUGUAAUCAGAUUGUAUUCCCAGGUUCUGUUCUCCUAAGAGUUCUUAAGUGGCAGCCCUUUCUGCUUUGUGGCAACACCGCUGGAGCUGAAGUGCACUUGUGUUUUCCUUCCAAUCUAUACCAGGAUGUUGUGAUUGUGACUGUAGUUAAAGCAUGCAAAAAAUAAAUGUAUUAUCAUGA